AAAUAGUCUGAGGAACAUCUUUUAGUAGGCUUGCUGCGAUUUGUACAAUUUCUAUAAAACAAAGUUACCAAAAUGCUGCCCCUUGUUGAGCAAAAGUUGAGCGAUAUCUUUAUAUAUCUGGAGGUGCGACAGCGCUUGGUGCUCUGCUGCUUCACAUUUUUGGCGAUCAUCAAUGCCUACACAAUGCGCUUGUGCCUGGACUUUUCGCUUAAUCGGAUCGUCUUGGAAUGUGGUGGUCAUGGGGUGGACCACGCUCCACAGGUACUGAAUCCAAAGGCGCUGCCCAACUGGCGCUUUGAACUGGCCAUGGCACUGAAUCAGACGGAAUAUCUGCUGAGAAGCAGGCUAAAAGCGGGAAAGGAGCAGCCAGAUCCCAACCAGAUGAGCCACAAUAGACCGCGGAAUAGAGAUCCUGUCCCUGUCCACGCGAAUCCUCCUGUUCAAGAGGAUUCUGAAGAACGAAGAAGCUGCUCCGAGCUGUGGCCUCGUCAAACCCAAUCCCUUGUAGUGAUGGCCUUCUACGCCGGCUAUGUGCUCACCCAUGUUCCGGGCGGCCGUCUGGCGGAGAGGUAUGGCGGAAAGUGGGUCCUCGGUGUGGCGAUACUCACGUCGGCGGUGCUGACCCUGCUUACUCCCACUGCAGUGCGCCAGGGCGGUCCGUAUGCCCUUGUUGCUGUUCGUCUGUUGGUCGGAAUUUGUGAGGGCCCCUGCUUUCCGGCCGUGUGUGCACUCCUGGCCCAGUGGGUUCCCGAACAAGAGCGCGGCAUGCUGGCCAGCUGCGUCCUCAGUGGUGGCGAGAUCGGCAUCACGAUGGUGCAGUUGGUCAGCAGUUUGGUUAUGGCGGAGCAAGACUGGCCCGUGUUCUUCUAUCUCGUCGGUGGAGGCGCCGUGGCAUGGUUCCUGGGAUUUACCUUAGUUUGCUAUAGUACUCCGGACCAUUGUCCGUUCAUUCAGAGCGAAGAAAGGGAAUACAUAAGGUGCAAUACCAGCACCUCCCAAUUGUUGACCACUAGCGGAGGAAGAGAGGACAUAGAAGGGGAAGACGGAUAUGAAGGCGAGGACUGGGAGCACCGCAGAGAAGUGGAAGCAACGUGUAACACUGCUCCUUGGAGGAGCAUGCUGACCAGCACACCGCUCUGGGCACUGGUUUCCACCUCCAUGCAGCAAGAAUUCCAACAGAAAUUGCCCCAGGAGCUGCAAACUGCGCUUGAGGAAGUAAGAGCCCGAGGCACCAGUUGGUCGGAACUAACCACCAUCAUCGAAACGAUAGCCCCUUACGUUGGAAACUGGGUGGCUUCGCUGAGCACGGGGCGGCUGAGCGAUGUGCUGAUCGAGCAGCAGAUUCUCACUCGCACUCAGACGCGCCGCCUCAUGUCCUGGUUGGUCUUCCUAUGCGGAUCCAUGUACAUGCUGCAGAUCAAGACGAGCGGAGCACGAAUCUGGAGUGUUUUGGGCAUGGGAGCCUACUAUGCGAGCAUCAAGCUGCUACCGCUGGAUAUGAGUCCCAACUAUGCUGGCACUUUGAUGGGCAUUUCGGGCGGAAUGGGCGCGCUUCCGGCACUUCUGAUGCCCUAUCUGGAACAACUGGAGACCGACUAUAAGCUGGUGAGCAGUGUGAGGACCGCCAUGUGGGUGAUCGGCGCCAGCUACAUAUCCGGCGAUGUACAGGCGUUCAACCAACCGGAACUGGAGCCACAAUGAGGAGACUUGCUU